AGUGAUAUAAGAACAGCGUUCACAGGGUUUCCAACGUGGAACUGCAGAGGCAAUUAGCAAAGACAGAGAAAAAAAGAGGAAGGAGAGGAAGAAAUGAAAAAGGGGAAAAAAUAAAGAAAAAGACAAAAGAAAAAGAGCAAGAUCGAGAUCUCCUUUGCGUUCAUCUCAGUUGAACAAAUUGAAGAGGAGAACGAGAGUAACUCAACGGUAUCAAAAGUUUCAGGGUUUCAGCACAUCCAUUUUUUCCGGAUUUGACUUGGAAGAUCCAAGAGGUUUCUAGUUGCUUCAAUUGUUCCCCUGGGUGGUGGAGUCUUUGUGUAUUUUAAAAAUAUUAACAAUUCAAAAUGCCAAAGGAGAGAAGAGAUAGGUCUGUGUCACAUGAUAGUUGCAGAGUAUCACCUUACCCAAGCAGCUCUAGUCGUGUUGGAAGAUCUGCUCCUAAAGAGGCAGAGGAAAAUGUUAAAGAAUGGGAAGAAGCUAGGUGUCCAGUGUGCAUGGAGCACCCUCACAAUGCAGUUCUCCUCAUAUGUUCAUCCCAUGAUAAGGGAUGCCGCCCUUACAUGUGUAACACUAGCUAUCGCCACUCAAACUGUCUCGAUCAAUUCUGCAAGUCAUUUACAGACACCUCGUCAACCAUUCCUCAAGUAGAAGGUCAGAUUUCAAACACUGUUGAAAGUAGAAUUGAUGUGCCAGAAGACAGAAGUGAAGGUUUGGUUACAAUGCAAGCCUUAUCCUGUGAGAAUGAUGCAAAAUCGAAAUUAGUAUGCCCUCUAUGUAGAGGGCAAAUAAAAGAGUGGAAAGUAGUGGAGGCAGCUCGUCAUUUCAUGAAUGAAAAAUCGAGGAGCUGUUCAUGUGAGACUUGCAACUUCAGUGGUACAUACACAGAUCUUAGAAAGCAUGCAAGGCUUGAACAUCCUCUUGAACGCCCAUCUGCAGUAGAUCCAGAGCGUCAGCGUAACUGGAGGAGGUUGGAGCGCCAGAGGGAUCUCGGUGACCUCCUUAGCACACUGCAAACAUCAUUUGGGGUAGAUGAUCCCAUUGAUGAUGGUGGUCUGCUGGCUGUGUUUUUCCUCAUUCUUCAACCUGCAUCCGUAUCCAGGGGUACCACACUCCAAAUGCGAAUAAGAAGACCCUCAACACUCUGGGGGGAAAAUUAUGAAGGACAAUCUGGAUCUGAUGAUGCAAAUGAAUCCUCAGAUGGAGGCUCUGACAGUAGACCGCGCCGUGUCCGGAGACGAAUGACACCUCCGCCAUGACAUGCAAUGUUAACGGGUCAAUUUAAAUUAUCGUUGAUCAAACUCGCGCUCCUCUCAAGCCCUUCUACCUUUCCAGAUGCUCAUUAAUACAUGCUGGUUAUUAAUUGUUUAUCAGUAUAUUUAAUAUUUCUGCCUUCAUUCCCAAGGAUUCUGAACGAUUGAGCUUGAAAUAAAAUUUACUGCUGUGCUAGUUCUUUUGUUUUUUAUUAGCUCAUCAUAUUGCUUCUUGCUAUACAUGUGAGGUAAAAAGAGAGAGGAAAAACAGUGAGGUAUGGUGUGUAUAACCUGGCUCAUAAGUUUGAGCUGGAAGAAGAUUGUAUUGUUCAAUGGCUGGCCUGCCGCCUGCUAGAGUAUUUGAAGAGAAUUUGAGUUUGUCUGCUUUUUAUUUUU